AUGUCAGAGACAACGAUAGCCCUCUCUUCAGCCGCCCCGGAUGCAGCCUCACUGAAACCAAAGAUCAAUGGGGACUAUGUGAAAACCAAUGGCGUGAAUGGAUACUACCAUGCAGAAUCACAUACUGAAUCUAUCGACGUCCCACUGCGACAGGCAAACGCGUGGACACCACGGAAGAAACUCCGAAUCAUUACAGUCGGAGCGGGGUUUUCAGGAUUACUCUUCGCUCAUAAGCUGCAACAUCAGUAUCCGGAGAUGCAAGAUCUGAUAUCGCACACCAUAUACGAGGCCAGAGACAAGAUCGGCGGGACGUGGCUCGUCAACACGUAUCCUGGCGUCCAGUGUGAUGUCCCUUCUCAUAUCUAUGCGUUCCCAUUCGACCCCAACCCGAACUGGAGUCAUUUCUACUCAAGUGGUAAGGAGAUUUACGAAUAUAUUUGUAGUACGACAAAGAAGUGGAAUCUGGACCGGGAUGUCAAGCUCAACCAUAGACUCCUUGAGGCCAUAUGGCAGGAGGAAACCGGUCAGUGGAAAUGCACCAUCCAGAAUGGUGAACGCCAGUGGGUCGAAUACACCGAUAUCCUAAUCUCAGGACAAGGUAUCUUGAAUAAGUGGCGAUGGCCCGACAUCGAAGGCCUGCACACUUUCAAAGGCCACAAAUGCCACUCGGCCAAUUGGGCCAACGACUACGACUACUCCAACAAAACAAUCGGUGUCAUCGGUAAUGGCAGUUCAGGAAUUCAAAUCGUCCCGUCUCUUGCAAAGCUGCCAGGCACGACUGUGAUCAGUUUUCAGCGGAGCCCGACCUACAUCUACUACCGCAUGGCACCCGCCAAACUGCUCGCUCGAGACGACAUCAGCGGUAAUCCGGAAUACACAGAGGAAGACAAGCGACGAUUCCGAGAAGAUCCUGCACACCUUCGACAGUAUCGGAAAAUGCUGGUACAUAAAAUCAACAAUGCUUUCAAAAUGUUCUUAAAAGACACCCCUGCCAACGACGAAGUCUCUGACGCCGCGCGCAAACAAAUGGCCGAGAAACUGAAUCACGACCCGGAUUUAUGCGCGAAACUGAUCCCAACCUGGGAACUCGGCUGCCGUCGCAUCACCCCCGGCGAAGGCUAUCUCGAAUCGUUCCUGAAGCCGAACGUACACCUCGUCCAGAAAGGUGUCACGCGGGUCACCGAAGACAGCAUCAUCACGACCGACGGCUCGAGUCACAAAGUCGACGUCAUCGCCUGCGCGACCGGCUUCGACGUCUCAUUCACCCCUCAAUGGCGCAUGAUCGGGCGCAACGGCGUCGACCUAGCGAAAGAAUGGUCCGUCGACCCGGAGUCGUACCUGUCCAUCGGCGCCCGGGACAUGCCGAACUAUUUCAUGUUCAUGGGCCCGAACUCGGUCAUCGCCCACGGCUCGUUGAUGGAAAGCCUAAACUGGACCGGCGACUACCUUGUCAAAUGGUUGAAGAAAAUGUGUACCGAGGACAUCAAGUCCAUCGUGCCCAAGACGAAAGUCGUAGACGAGUUGAUCUGCUACGGCGACAAGAUCCACAAGACACUCGUCUGGUCCGGUGGGUGUAAAAGUUGGUACAAGCGCAACACGGUGGACGGGCGGGUCACCGCGGCGUUUGCAGGCAGUGCGCUUCUGUACAAGAACUUGAUCAGUGAGCUGAGGCCAGAGGAUUUCGAGGUCGAGUAUCGUAGCCCGAACAGAUGGUCCUUCUUGGGCAAUGGAUUCACCGAAUACGAAAUGGAUCCGGAGAGUGAUUUGUCGUGGUAUAUCGAGCGAUGAUUAGGGCGGGAACAAGCGAGCUCCGUCACCAACGAAAGACUCCCAGGAGGCAAGCAAGUGAAGGCGAGUUCAAGCGUCAACAAUAUCCAUCUACAAAGAAGAAGAAGAAAGAAUAGAGAUCAACGAG